ACUUCUAAGUUACUACUAACCUUGACCUUAAACAAAUGUCCAUAUCCAGAUAUCUCACAGGCUUGAAAUAGGAUCUGGAAAAUAGAAGAGAGAAAUAAAAAAUAAAUAAAGAUAUGAUAUGAUAUCUCCACUAAAAAGAAUACAAUGUGGAAAAAUUGUGAGAAAUUUGGAUCCGUUAUAUUUCUUCUAAUUAACCACUAGGCGCAAACGACUAAACAAAAGUUUCCUUAGUCCCAAUCUCUACGAGCAAUGAAAUUCCAAGUUGAAAGUUGGAACAAUAAAUUUACAUAGCCAGCAAUACACGUUUGUAACUUUGUAUCGUAUCACAUAUAUAUGGACUACGGUUAAUCUACCUCUCUUUUUCACCAAGUCUUCUUCCUUCAUUUUCCAAGUCAACUAACGUAUCAAAUAAGUUCUCUUUUUUGACCACUUGAUUCAGGCAUCACACUGACAACAUAUCAAUUUCUGAAGACAAUGUAUGUAACAGUUCACACUAACAGUACUUAACCUUCACUGCAUCAAUAAAGAACCGGUUUUUAUUUUUUUGUUAAGAAUCCAUUACUUAUUUCUCGUUUAGUAGGGAUGGCUCGAGUUGAUUUGUUUUGCUUACUCUUGUUCUGUCAGCUCAUGCUGAUUUUAUCAGCAGGGUAUGGAAACAAGUACAAAUCUAACUGUUCACGCUCCUUCAGUUGUGGAAUUCGUGGGAAUUUACGUUACCCUUUCACCAAGGCAGAACAACCAGACUGCGGCUUUAUACUCAUACAUGGCUGUGACAGUGGUUUUUAUUCACCCAAAAUGAUUCAACUGGAGAAGAAUGCAAAAACCAUUGAGUUAACAAGCCUAAUUGACCAGAACACCAUUACACUUUCCGAUAAAGAUUUUUACAACCGUUUGCAAGAUAAUGUUUGUGACACUUUGAGCCACAAUUACACUCUUCCUUCUCCUUCUCCUUUGGUUUCUUUUUAUAUAAGCUAUAACGUAACUCUCUUUCGAUGCAAACACAACCAUGACAUAAAGCCCCCUGCAAAGUAUUUUCAAUACAAUUGUUCUGACUAUGAUAUCUAUUAUGACACUAGUCAGUAUCCUAAUGUUACUAAAGACAAGGCACAUAGCUUUUUCUCAUCUUGCUCGGUUCUUCAGUUUCCCUCCAAAGACUUGACUGAUACAAAACAGAUUCUAUCAUUUGUAUCUGGUCAGAUGGUUGUUAAAAUAGUAUUAUCUGCUGAUUGUGAUGAGUGCUGCAACCACAGAGGAGGCCAAUGUAGUCUUGAUGCCAACAAAAUGUUCUACUGUCACAAUGAGCGGAGAAAAUAUUUUAAGCUGCUACUUGGACUUGGAAUAGGUUUAAGCAUUACAUUGUUGGUACUCNNNAUUCUUAUAAUUCGACGCCUCUCUAGAACCAGAAGAAAACGUGCUCCCUCAGCAGUCCAGAACCAAUUGAGAAGAGACUCCUAUUCUGAUGCUAUUGAUCCCUACCAAAAUCUAGAUCCAGAAAAAUACUCUGUCUACUUUAAAAUCUCGCUGUUCUCUUACAAGGAGCUACAAGAAGCUACAAAUAAUUUCCACCACACCAACCAACUCGGAAGUGGAGGCUUUGGAAUAGUUUACUAUGGAAAACUGCGAGAUGGACGAGAAGUUGCUGUCAAGUGCCUAUACGAGCACAACUGGAGGCGAGUAGAGCAGUUCACAAAUGAAAUUGAGAUCCUUGCCCGCACCCGCCACACAAAUCUUGUGUCUCUCUAUGGCUGUACUUCACAGCACAGUGAUGAACUACUGCUUGUGUAUGAAUAUGUUCCAAAUCACACUGUUGCUUGUCAUCUCCAUGGUGAUCUAGCAAGACCAGGCACACUGCCUUGGCAUACCAGAAUGAAAAUUGCCAUAGAGACAGCAAGUUCAUUGGCUUAUUUACAUGCUUCUGACAUCAUUCACCGUGACGUGAAAACUAAGAACAUUCUCCUUACAAACAACUUCAGUGUCAAAGUUGCAGAUUUUGGUCUUUCAAGACUAUUUCCCCACAAUAUCACCCAUGCUUCCACGGCGCCACAAGGGACGCCAGGUUACGUUGAUCCAGAAUACCAUCAAUGCUACCAGCUUACUAGCAAGAGUGAUGUAUACAGUUUUGGUGUUGUGCUCAUGGAGCUAAUAUCAUCUAAGCUUGCUGUUGAUAUGGACAGGCAUAAGGAUGAGAUUAACUUGUCAAACCUGGCCUUGAAGAAGAUCCAAGGGAGUGCAUUAACUGAGCUGGUGGAUCCUUAUCUUGGUUUUGAUUCAGAUAAUGAGGUUAAGAGGAUGAUAGUUUCGGUGGCAGAGUUGGCUUUUCAAUGUUUGCAAAGGGACAAGGAAUUGAGACCUUCCAUGCAUGAGGUUUUGAAGGUGCUGAUGAUAAUUGAGAGUGGGAAGGAUGAGGUUGAGCAUAUAGUUGAAGUAGAUGUGCGUCCAUCAUUUCCGCCUUCACCAGAUGGGGGUGAGAAUGAGAUUGGAUUAUUCCAAAAAAUGAUGCCACAGCCUUCACCUAAAGCUGUGGUUGAUAAAUGGGAUAGUGAAUCUACUACACCUAAUGUUAGUGGUUAUUAAUUGCAUUGCCUCGAUUACUGAGUAAUAAGUAGCACUAAAAUACUGUCAUCAAUGAAAAGGGGGCACACAUAUUUUCUUUCU